CUGAGGCAUUACAAGCUGCAGUGAAUCUCACCCCCUGGCACUGGACGGAGUCUUGCUGUGACUGUCUCAUCGAGGAACGUGUAGCGGACAAAAAGCUGGCCAUGGUAUCCAGACCGUGUCUCUUAGUGGUGGUCGCGUGGAUGGGGUGGACAGCGGUCCAGGCAACAGAUUACUGCAAAAUAUCCUCCAAACAUACAUUGUGCAAGUAUAAGGGCAUUGGCUCGGUCUGCGAAAAUGACGUGCUGGCCAGAGGAGUGAGUUCGGAAGAGGCCGCCUUUAUCGUGGCAGAGCAUAACAAACUCAGGUCGAAGGUGGCCCGCGGAGAAGAAGCAAGAGGAAAGCCAGGACCGCAGCCUUCUGGCGCCAACAUAAGAGCCCUGGAGUGGGACGAGGAGCUGGCCACCGUGGCACAACGACACGCCGACCAGUGCGUCUUCGAACACGAUUGCAAUGAGUGCCGCAAAGUGGAGAGAUUUAGCGUGGGCCAGAACAUCUACAUGACAAUGGCUAGUUUCAAAGAUAAGUCUGAUUGGAGCGGUGCCGUCACUGCUUGGUACGACGAAGUAGCGCAGUUCACUGGAAAAGGAAUAAAAUCUUAUAAGUUCCGUAAGAACACAGGCCACUAUACGCAGAUGUUGUGGGGCACCACAUCUCUCGUCGGCUGCGGCUAUACAAACUUUAAGAGUGAUGGAAUUUUCAAAGGAUUGUACGUCUGUAACUACGGACCAGUAGGCAAUAUACUUAGCUUCCAGAUGUAUACUGAAGGCAAGCCUUGCUCUGACUGUCCCGAAGGCACCACCUGUUCUAAGGAGUAUGAGGGGCUUUGUGCAUAACGGUGACGGUGAUGUCGAUGAUGGAUGAUGGUCGUCUUUCAUCUAAAACUGAACAGGUAUCCGUAAGAUGGAUGAGGGGAGUGUGACCAGAAUGUGUCCGUGACUCUGUCCCUCCAGCUUGAGUGUCUCGAUGAUUCUUGAUGUACCUGCGUCUGUUCUUUCCCAACAUGUCACAAACCAGCAAAAUCGUACUGAUUCAGGCUUUAACUUUUGAAGACUUCCAACCUCUGAUUGACCUGUCUGCCACACCAGCACGGCACCGCAUCACCACUAGCAGUGACAGUGCAGCACCAAGUCUAUCAGCAAAAGAUAUCUUAAAAAAAUCUAAAUGAAUCACUUAAUUACUGUAAAGACUAAAAAUGAAAAAAAAGUGUUAAAUAUACCACAUGAUAUACUUGACUUUUUUCUCCUCAUCACGAAAUAUCCUCUCUUCCCAUCACUACAAGGUGCGUCUUUGUAACGUCUUCAAUCAAAGUCUUAUUUCCACUAGAGCAUAUGUGUGUGUGUGUGUGUGUGUGUGUGU